UCCGUGGCACUACGAAAGAAACGCCGAUUAGCUCCAUUUUACCAGCGCGAACUCCAAAACCCGCUUUAAACCCCCAAAAAUAAUUCCGCCGCCGUCUCCGUUAUCUUCCUCCUCCUCCUCCUUCCGCCGGCGACUGCGGAGAAGCUCGCCAACGCACGCCUCGGCCUCAGAUUUGACCCAAGGGUGUGAAGGAGAUUCAACUUUGGGUUUGGAAUGAACUGCUUGUCUAGGUUAUCUGCAUACUCCGCAACCAUCUUUGGAAGGUCGACCAGCCAUUUCAUUGUCAAGGGCACCUGGAAUCAGUGUUCAAGCCCCAUUUGGAAACACAGCUUUGAGCUUAGUUCCGUUAGAACUGGGAACCCGAAAUUCGUCUUUCCCAAGUUCGCCACCCGGUGCUACUCAUCCGAAAAGCCCAAAUCGAAAACUCCGCGGAAAAGGAAGUCGUUAGAGCAUAAAGAACCAGAUAUGGAGAAAGAUUCUUUCUUUGUGGUGAGGAAGGGGGAUGUUGUUGGUGUGUACAAGACUUUUAAUGAGUGUCAGGCUCAAGUUGGAUCUUCAAUAUGUGACCCUCCUGUGAGCAUUUACAAAGGGGAAUCAUUACCGGAUGAAACCAAAGAGUACCUUGCAACUUGUGGGCUUCAGAAUGCUAUAUACACUAUUCGAGCUCAAGAUUUGAAGCCUGACCUCUUUGGCACUCUUGUACCUUGGCCAUUUCAGCAACCUGGUCAGUCCACCGAACAUAUCGAUGCCAGGGAUGACAAAAAGAGAACCCUAGAUAUGAUGAUACCACAACCAGCGGAAGCAGGUGGAACAACCACAUUGAGUAUAGCUGAUCCCUCAAAGAAGGCUGUCCGAUUGGAUUAUCAAAUGGCUACUCCGAUACGUUCUCUUGGUUAUGACCCGGAAUUUUGUACCCUCGCGUUUGAUGGUGCUUCAAGAGGAAACCCUGGGCCCGCAGGAGCUGGAGCUGUUCUACGGACAAGUGAUGGAACUUUGGUGUGCAUUGACUUCUAAGCAUCUAUAACAUUUUUCUUCUUGAUGUUUCCAUAUAUCUGAAACUUCAGGUUUUGUGUAGAUCUGCCGGUUGCAAGAAGGAUUAGGCAACAAGACUAAUAAUGUUGCUGAGUAUAGAGCUGUACUUCUUGGAAUGAGAUAUGCUCUCCAGAGGGGCUAUCGAAAAAUACGCAUACAAGGCGACUCCAAGCUCGUGUGCUCUCAGGUUGAUGGUACAUGGAAGGUCAAGCAUGCUGGCAUGGCCGAAUUAUGCGAUAAGGUCAAAGAGCUUAAGGACAGAUUCGUCUCAUUCGAGAUUAACCAUGUUCUGAGGGAAUUCAACGCGGAAGCUGAUGUUCAGGCGAAUCUUGCUGUCAAUCUUCGUGAGGGAGCAGUUCAGGAGGUUUACGAAUAGCAGCAUAGCUACUUACACAUAAAGCUUGUUUCUUCUUCUACCUGGUUUUCUCGCUUACCUGCCAUUAUCCCAGCGACUGAAAUAGUCAAAGAUAUUCGACAUUCCUGAUGGGUAGAGAGGCUUCACAUUCAGCACGAGAGAUGUCGAAAGAGGCCAGUUUUUGCAAUGUGAUUUCCAGUGCCCAUGCAGGUUUGAACAACUUAUUAUAAACUCUCAGAAUAUGAACUAAUUACCUUUUGAUGCUUGCAUAGCCAUUUUGGAUACCAUCGAACUUGCCAUAUGUUUUCAAACCUAUAGAAAGUCAAAUCAAGCUAACUUUUCAUCAAACCCCUACUAGGAUGAUGAUAUGCUAAAAGGACUAGGGUGGCUGCAGGCACUAAUUGGUCCCAUUGAUUUUGUCGAAACAUUGAAGGAUACUAAGCCUUUUUUUGCGACGGACAUGUCAAAACAUUACCUAAGCUUUGAUAAUGGCCAUAAUUAC